AUGGAUUUUGUCAGGCGCAACUUCCCAAUGUCCACCUCGACGACCGUAGUGGAGCCGGACGAGGAGCUCUUCUUUGACAAGGAUGGCCACCUCGAGUUUGCACCAAACGACCCUGAGAACCCGAAGAACUACUCGUUUGGACGGAAGUGCUAUAUCACCACCAUCGCUAUCUCCCUCGUUAUGAAUGCCACUUUCUCCUCCUCUGCCCCAUCCGGAUCUUUUCAGGGUAUUAGUAACGACCUCCACGUCUCUGCCGAGGCCGCUGGACUCGUCACCACCCUCUUCCUCCUAGGCUAUUGCGCCGGUCCGCUUUUCUGGGCGCCUUUGUCCGAGUUCUACGGGCGUCGCUGGAUCUUCUACAUCUCCUUCACCAUGUAUCUCGCCUUUGGUUUCCUAUGCGCCUUUACCCCUAGUUUUGCUGGGCUCUUGGUCGGCCGUUUUCUGACUGGCACGGCUGUCAGUGCCGCCCUAACGAAUGCACCCGGGAUCCUCGCGGACAUAUGGGGACCCGUUGAGCGUGGUAACGCCAUGAUCCUAUUUGCCACAAUGACAUUCGUGGGACCUGCUCUUGGGCCAGUGGUCAGUGGGUUCCUUCAAGUAAAGGAGACAUGGCGUUGGACCUUCUAUGUGCUCCUCUGGAUGGCAGGUGCCACCGAGCUUCUACUCAUCACUCUUCCGGAAACCCUUCCCAUGAUGGCCCUGCGCAACAAGGCUCGUCGCCUACGAAAAAUACCCGGCAAGGGGAGCAUCAAGGCUCCGGUCGAGACAUCAGAUCGUUCCCUGGGAGGCAUUUUCACGGUGGCCCUGACAAGGCCAUGGAGACUUCUCAUCGACCCAAUCAGCUUCUUCGUCGCCAUUUACUACGCCGUCGUCUAUACUCUGCUGUACAUGCUUUUCAGCAUCUACCCCAUUGUCUUCCAGCAGAAACGUGGUUGGAACGCCGGCGUCGGCGAGUUGCCACUGAUCGGCACAGUCAUCGGCGCCUGUCUCGGCGGCCUCGUGCUCUUCAUCAAUAGCCAAAUAAACCAGAGAAAGGGCACCAGAAACUACAAAUCUGUUCCAGAAGAUCGUCUUCCCGGCGCUAUGGUUGGUGGGGUUAUGUUCGCCGUGACGAUAUUUUGGUUCGCUUGGACGGCGGAAUACAACUCAGUCCACUGGGCCGUGCCGACUGUGGCGGGAACCUUCCUCGCAACUUCAAUCCUCCUCAUAUUUGUCGUUUUCAUUAACUAUAUUAUCGACUCGUACCUCAUGUAUGCCGCAUCCGCCAUUGCAGCAAAUACCGUCCUGCGGUCUGCCUGCGCCGCGGCAUCCCCACUAUUCACACAGUAUAUGUUCGAUGCACUCGGUGUGGGUGGAGCUGGAUCGCUCAUCGGAGGAGUUGGCGUGCUGCUGAUGCCCAUACCUUUCGUUUUUUAUAGGUACGGCGCGGUUAUCCGGGCGCGGUCCAAGUUUGCACCGACGGACGAGAUGCCUCGCCCGCCUACGGAUGAGGAAAAGGCCGUGAAUAGCGGAUUGCCAAGCCAGACCCCUGAACAGGAGGAUAAACCGGUUGAUAAAAAUACAGGGAGUACGAACGAGUGA